CGAUUCACGACGAUGCAUACCGCCAGUCGGUUCGAAUAAUCGCCUCGUGGCAGGUGAAGACGAAAAUCGGCGAGGCCGAGCCUGCCAGCUAUCCAAUCACCUAGUCAACUAGUCGCCGUAUGAGGUACGGAACGAACCACGAAACCGCACCUCAAUUUUCCACAAGAAAUUUUGUUACCUGUUGCGGUGCGAUACGGUAUACAAAAUUUCGCGUAGUACGCUAUCCGUGUAACGUGUUACUUUUCUGUUUUCUUUUGUUGUCAACUUAGUCGUUGAUUGGUCUCGAUUUGUUUCGAUUGUUUUUUUUAUUUCGUUCAGUGCACUACAUAACUACAAGGGUGAGAUAUGUCUUCUUUGAAGGGUGAUAAAAUUCCGUGUGCCCGACUUUGCCAUAUCGUCAAGUGGGAUGAUUUUGACGGCUAUGGAUUUAACCUACACGCGGAAAAAGGAAAAAAUGGUCAAUUUAUUGGUAAGGUGGACGACGGUUCUCCCAGUCAGGCCGCUGGUUUACGACAAGGUGAUCGAAUCAUCGAGGUUAAUGAAAUCAACAUCGCAAACGAGACUCAUAAGCAGGUUGUUGAACGCAUAAAGGCUUUUCCUAAUGAGACGAAGCUUCUGGUGGUCGACCAAGAAGCCGACGAAUAUUUCAGGGCCAACAACAUCGUUAUCAAGGGCACUAUGGCGAACGUCAAGGUGAUCAAGACCCCAGAGAAGAAUCCGAAUAGUAGCGAACAAGAAGAGCUUAACGGCAGCAAUGCCUCCACUGAUGAGACCGCACAAAAAUCAAGCGGAUCGAACGAUACGUUGCACAGCGAGAGCAGCACGGUGUCGGCAAGUGCAACGAGAACAUCGACCAGAAGCGAGAACGAUAACGAAAACGAGAGCGAACGCGAAGAAACUGGCCAAGAGAACGGGAACAGUAUUAAGAACGAUACGACAACGACGAUGGCGCACGUGCAUGGAACAGGGAACGGGAACGUUGCCGGUAACAACGAGUCACGGCAGGGUUUGAAUCUGAAGAUGAGUGCCAAAGAGCUUAGGGCCCAGCUAGCUCUCCGCAAGAAAUACGAUCCGAAGAAAGAAUCGAUCGGUUUCAAGGACAAAUUUGACAUCGUGCAAAAAUUAUAACGGCAAUUUCUCUCCCGCCUCGUUUGAUUAAAUUUGUCGGCUAUGCGCGGUGCUCCUUUUUAUCUCGCUAUUAAUAGACAGAAUCCUUACGUCUCGGUCGAUUUAUUCGGAUUGAACAUCGCGAACGUUUACGUACGACGCGCUGUAGCGCUGAACGUGCGUAAUUGGCAUGCGCACAAACCUUUCAGAUUUCAAACAACAAUUUUCGAAACUCUUCUAACCAAUAUAGAUUCGCGCACAUGUGAUCUCUUCAAAAUUUUGAUCAAUAUGAAUGUUUAACAAAUACUAGAAAAAGAGAGAGAGAGCAAAAAAAGAAAAAAUAGUACGAAUUAUUUCAAAGUGCGAACGUAUUGGAAUCGAUUGGAAAAAAGUUUCUUGUUCUAGUAGACUAUACAGUAAUCUUGUUAACUAUAGCGAAAAUUAUGCGCAUCAAGGACGAGCACGACGAUGCGAGAGAAAGUGUAGGACGUUGCGCGCGUCGCGUGACGUGUGCGUCAUCGAUAAUUUCUAUUAUAUUUCUUUUUUUAAAUUUAAUAUAUCGCGCUCGUUCUUUUAUUGUGCGUUGAAAGAAUUUAUAUCUUUUUCAAAGCUAUCUUGAAAUUAUCUUGCGACACGGAAAAGAAAGUUAAUGAUAAAUUAUGAUCGAUAUUUGAUGCAGAUUUGAUAAAGAUUCUGCCAAACAUUCGUGCAGGUUAUGUAACUUAAGGAAUGUAACAGCGGUGUAAAAAUACGGCGAAACAAUAGUGAGAAGAUUUGGGCGAAUUUCCUCGUCCUCCCAUUAGAGGUUGCGCAUAGCGUGUGCGACGAACCGAAAGUCGCAGGAUUUUGCAGGAAACUAUUCUCUAACAUUGCUAAAUAUUACGACAACUUGUUGUGUAACUUUCAAUUAUCGUCGUCGUGAUCCUUUUGCGUCGUGUUUCGUAUUUUACGUGAAUACUUAGAAACUAGAUGUUUUGUUUUUUUUUCGCACGAUAUGUACCGGUAUACAUUUCAUUUUUGCGAUAAUUUCUUCGCUCAUGAUAAAAUAUCGAUAAAUUUUUUUAUCAUGUAUUAUUCUGAUUAAAUAUUACAACGAAAGGGAAUAAUUUAUUAUUGAUUUUCUUUCUAUUCUUUUUUUGAGAGACUUUGUGCAAAUUCGAGAUCUAGUUAAUUUUGUCUAAAUAUAUCUUUUAGUAAUCGAAUAUCAAAAUAAUUGUGCAUUUAAUAUUCAAUCGAUAAAUUAAUUAACCAUCGUAAAUGGAUCUAAUGUGAAUAUCGAUAACAAAAUUCUCAAAGAAUAUUGUUUUAAAGUAUAAUUUUUUUAGAAUAACAAUAUUUUGUAUCAUGCGUCUAUCAUCAUCAUGUGAAAUAGAUAAAAUCAGACGCUUUUGUAAUUAUAUGAAUUCUUUAUUCAAAGCACGACAAACAUAGUUGUUCUCUUUUAUCCAUAAUUUUUGUUGAAGCUCUUAUCGUUUUGAAAAAAAUUUUAUAACGUGCAAAAAGAUAUAUUUUUUCAUGACGUAAGUCGAAAAUAGAUAAAUAGAAAAUUAUUCAGUUGAAUAAAUUUUCAAUUGCGUAAAUUGCAAAUAUAAUAAAAUAAUUUUGUUAUAGAAAGAAAUUAAGAAAAAAAAUCUGUAAGAAAAUUACAAUUAGAAAACUAAUUUUUGUGUAAAAUUUUAUUUAUUUAUCAUUUUUUAUUGUAUUUAAAUUCAAAUUCAAAUUCAAAUUCAAAUUUCUUGGUGUGCUUUUGCCUUCUAUCAAUAAUCAAUGUGAAAUGAAUUUAAAUUUUAAUUUGAUUUUGAAUUGCGACUAAUUAAUUGAUCGAUUGUAUUCUUGAUUAAAAACGUCGAAUCAUUUAAAACUAAUUCAUUUAUCUAUCGGUUAAUAUUUUGUAUCGAAUAUGUAUUGUAUAAAUUUUUAUAUAUUUUUCGUUUUAUCGCAAUAUCUUUGCGAAAUUCGAUGUAUACGCAUGUUCAUUUUUGUAAAUAUUAGAUUUCUGAAUAUCAAGAUCGGUGCAAUCCAUUAUUUUAUAUAAUAAUUUUUGUGGCGGCUGCUUUAUUGUAUAACGCAUUUAAAAAUUUUGUUCGAAUUUAAAAAUAAAAUUAAUGUAUCGGUAUCCAAUUUGAAAUCAUAGGCUAAAUUUCAUUUUGAACAAUCAAAAAUAUUUUAUUUAUUUAUUUUCUUUUUUUGAUAAUUAUUCAAUCAAUAGAUUCCAAAAAUAUAAAUUUUAGAUUUAGAAAAUCAUUGGAAAUGAAAUUCAAUUAAAUGAAUUUAAACUGAAUGUAGAAAAAUAUAUUUAUAAAAUAUGCCACAGUGUCAAAUUUGAAUCGAUGAUUCUUUAUACAUAAAAUUUGUAUUUUAGAAUUUUUACUCAUAAAAUGCUAUUAAAAAAAUAUAUUACAAAUUUGUAAUCAUUGAAAACAAAAUGAUAUUUUAUAACCAAAAUAUUAUAUUAUAAAACACUUUUUGAAGUGUUAAUUUCUCAUACGAUCCAACUUAUUGCACCGAUUUCUUGAAAUGUAUAUAAAGAGCUCUAAUUAAGAGUUAAAUACAUAUAUUGUUACAAAUUGCACAUGUUUAAUGUAUUUUGUAAGCAUAACUUUAAGAAUUAGCUUUGAUGACAAUACUUAAUUGUACGUUAUUCAUCAAAUUAUGUUUAUUUACAUACAUCUCUGUAUAAAUAGUAUUGUACGUAUGUAUAUUA